UCAACCUUUUUCUGCACAUCCUGGACAACACCAUAGCCAAUUCUAUUGUAAGUUGCUGAUUUAUUAGCUAUGUUGCUCAAUCCUUUACCCUGUGUUUCUCAUCUCAAGGCUACAAGAAUUACUACUUCUCCAACUCCAUCUUGUUCCCUCAUCUCUACUUCUCUCUCUUUCUCCCCUUCUCAACUCUCUCUUUCCUUCUCUGCUUCUUCUAUCUCCUCCUUAUCAACCUCUCUAAAUCUUCGUAUCGGACUCGAACUUCCUGUUAAGAAAUGCAUCCAAAAUAAGCUGCAGGUGAUUUGUGCCAUCAAUGACCCGCUUAAGGUCAUGAUUUCGGGGGCACCUGCUUCUGGGAAAGGAACCCAAUGCGAAAUGAUUGUCCAAAAGUUUGGACUGGUUCAUAUAUCAACUGGAGACCUUCUGAGGGCAGAAGUGGCAGCUGGAACAGAGAUCGGGAUCAAAGCAAAAGAGUACAUGAACACAGGCCGUCUAGUCCCCGAUGAAAUUGUCACAGCUAUGGUUAGAGCACGACUUUCCCUUGAAGAUGCAAAGGAGAAAGGUUGGCUUCUUGACGGGUAUCCACGAACUUCAGCUCAAGCUCAGAGUCUUGAAGAUUUGGGGAUCAGACCAGAUGUUUAUAUUGUACUAGAGGUUCCUGAUGAAAUUCUGAUCAACAGAUGUGUUGGAAGACAGCUUGAUCCAAUGACGGGGAAGAUUUACCAUGUAAGAAAUUUUCCUCCUGAGACUGAGGAAAUAAAAGCAAGGCUUGUUACUCGUGCUGAUGACACCGAGGAAAAAGUAAUAUCUCGUCUGGAAAUAUAUAAAAGAAAUGUGGAGGCAGUCUUGGCAACGUAUGUGAAUAUAGUGAAAAAGAUUGAUGGAAAUCGCCCAAAAGAAAAGGUUUUUGAAGAAACAAAAACUUUGUUGAGCCAAGUGCAGGAUGAGAAAGUGAAGGCUGCUACCACAGGCAAUGCAGUGACUAAGGGAAGAAGUUCUAAUCUUUCUCCUCCAAAGCAGGAUAAUUGGAGAGGAGUUCCUACACGGCUGAAUAACAUUCCACAUUCUAAGGAAAUCAGGGAAUAUUUCUAUGAAGAUGUGCUGCAAGCUACACUGAGAGCUGUAAAUGAUGGGAAAAAGAGGCUCAAGGUGGAGAUCAGUAUUCCAGAGUUGGAUCCAUCUACGGAUGUUUAUAGAAUCGGGACUCUGAUGGAGCUGGUUCGAGUAUUAGCUCUUUCAUUUGCUGAUGAUGGAAAACGAGUGAAGGUUUGUGUUCAAGGAUCUAUGGGUGAGGGUUCACUGGCAGGAAUGCCACUACAGUUGGCAGGCACUCGAAAAAUUUUAGAGUUCAUGGACUGGGGUGAUUAUGAAGCCAAAGGGACUUUCAUCAACAUAGGUUCCAUAGGUGGCAGAGAGGUCGAUGAACAGGAUGACAUGUUUAUUCUAGUGGCUCCACAGAAUGCUUUUGGAAAUUGCAUCAUUGAUGAUCUGAGAGCUAUGACUGAUGCUGCUGGGAGCCGUCCAGUUAUUCUCAUAAAUCCUAAACUCAAGGACGUCCCUGGCUCAAGUGGCAUUAUGCAGACGAUGGGUCGUGAUAAGAGGUUGGAGUAUGCCGCAUCAUUUGAGAAUUGCUAUUCCUUUCGGCUUCUCUACUAUGCAGGAACUCAGUACCCAAUUAUGGGUGCACUCAGAAUGGCGUACCCCUUCCCGUAUGAAGUAUACAAAAGGGUUGAUGAAGCUCCUAGAAAAGAGAAUUAUGUGAUAUUGUCUACAUUUGAGAAGAAGCCAACUUCUGAUGAUAUUAACAAUGCAUUCUUAGGGAAACCAAGAGAAAUGAAGAAUACAUCUGGUAUAUGGGGUUUCUUGAAUGCCAUACUGAGUUGAAGAUUAAACAAAAUGUAGCAUGUUGCACUAUGUUAUCGCGACAAACUGCUUCAGUCAGCAGGCUUUCACUUCAUAGCCAUAUGAUCGAAUGUUCUGGUUCUGCAGAUUACGCGCCCAAUGAAGGUUGGAUUCAGUGUAGCAUUCUUGUGUAAAUUCCGCGUCCUUCAUUUCUUGACAAAAUGACCUUGAAUUGAGGACAUUUUUCUUGGUAGUACAUGAUUUGUUAUGCAGAGUGUUUGGGUAAAUGUCAGAUGAGUUGUGCCUCUUAUAGAUUUGUUAUUAACUGUAAUGUGAAUAGUGGGAAAUAAUCUCAUUUUUAAACAGCACUACAAAUUUCAGUGAUGUAUUCAUUUUUCAUUGACU